AUGUACAACUCUUCAAGACCGCUCCCAUCCCACUUGCGACAAGCCUCAACAUCUGGCAACACUGCGUCAACAGGCCAGUCGCCAGUUCUUCUUGCGCGCAUAAAUGAGAAGAAAGCAGAGUUGGAAAACCUCAAGCAGCUGCGGGAUCUGAGCGCCGGACUAGCAGGACAGAUGCAAAUGCUCGAGGAGAAGUUAUCAACAUUAUCAGACGGAACAGAAGCUGUUGCUACAGUACUGGGAAACUGGCACAAUGUGCUCCGGGCAAUCAGCAUGGCAUCGAUGAAGAUACCAAAGCCCAAGGAUUCCGACGAUGCGGAAAGGGAAGAGCCGAAGGAUCCAGUUACAGAGUCGGCAUUGCCACAGACUCUUGUGAGGAUACCGACAGAGCAUGCGCCGAUGCUUCAACAGGCCAGUUCGGGAGCAGAUGAAGACUGA